CGCGUUGGGUAUAUUCCCCCUGCAAAGAGUCACAUUUGCGGUAUUCACUUCGAGUUGCCCUGACAGGAUUAAUGCGGACAACGUUGAGAAAGAGCUUUCCACAACUCGGUUCACAGCCGAAUAACCUUUCACAGGAUACAUUCCACAAGUCCAUUGCACCUUAUGUGCUAUUGGGACAACUGUUUGGAAUUUUUCCAAUAUGUGGAAUCUUCGACAAUGAUCCUCUGCGAGUUAGUUUUAAAUGGUUUUCGUUUCGUGUGAUCGUUAAUCUCCUAGUGCUUGUUAGUGGCAUCCUUAAUGCGGUGACCGAGUUUCUUCGUCUGCAAGAGGUAGGCGUGAGCGCUAAGAGCAUCAAUGGAGUGAUCUUUUUCGUGGAUUGCUGCAUUAUCAAUGUUUUAUUUUUGCACAUGGCCACCCAGUGGAAAGGGGUGGCUGCCAUGUGGGAUCAGGUGGAUCGUAUUUUCAUGCAAGAAUCUUAUCGAGUAUCGACUCGGUGGACAAUGAGAUAUAGGAUGCAACUUGCUGUAGCCGUCCUGCUGCUACUCGCAUUUACUGAGCACCUGCUGUCCAUUGUGAACCUCGUUUAUAAUCUCAAUGGGGAGAUCAUAGAUUGCGGCUGGGGAAAAAACGUAACAGACUUUUUCAGGCAGUAUUCUUUGAGCAAGUAUAAUAAUAUUUAUACUAUUUUUCCCUAUCACGCAGUAUCAGCUGUUUUUCUCAUGUACACAUCAACAGCUUUAACGAUCUUUUGGAAUUACUUGGAUAUUUUCAUAAUCACGUUGAGCAUUGGUAUCGCGUCACGCUUUGAGCAAAUUAACAUGCAUUUACGCGCUAUGACAGACGGAGGGUUACUGCCGAACGAGCAGUUUUGGAUCCGCUUACGGAGCCACUACGUUUCUGUUUGCGAACUGCUGGAAGCCAUUGAUCGUGCCAUCUCCUGGCUGGUGCUAGUUUCAUGCGCAACAAAUCUCUAUUUCAUUUGCUUACAGAUUUUAAAUGUAUCACAGAAGCUACGAUAUUUGUUGAACGAUAUCUACUAUUGGUUUUCGCUGUUAUUUUUGAUAGGCCGAACUGCAGCUAUGUUCUUAUGCGCUGCUCGUAUUCAUGAAACAGCGAAGAAACCUCACGAUAUUAUUUUGAAAAUUCCGGAUGUAGGCUGGUGUGUCGAGUUGGACCGAUUCGCAACCCAGCUACAAACUGAAACGGUGGCCCUUUCCGGGAUGGGAUUUUUCAAUAUAACACGACAGUUACUUUUUUCGAUGGCUGGAACGAUUGUGACGUACGAGCUGGUGAUGUUAAAGUUCGACAAAGAAUCCGAAGGAAAGGGAUAUGUUCGACCGUGCACAUUCUUGGACUCGAAAAAGUAGCACAGGUCUGGCGGAUGAUGCAUAUUGACAUGAAAGUAGCGUAGCUUGAUAUCGACGUUACGCCAGUUUGAGGCAGAGGGUGUCCGGAUUUUUUCUCCUAUUUGUAGGUUAAUGUACGCAAGCAGGCACAAACGGAAAACCUGUUCAGGUGGCGGGCGUUUUCACUAAGGUGAAAGCACGAUGGGUAGAGAGGGUGAAAACACACACAGCAGCGAUAGUCACAAUAAAGUAAUACCGGUUUUCUGCGGCGAAGAUGUGUUCACUGAUCUACUCGGGGACUCUUCUGGGGGCAACCGAUGACCUUAGUGUAGCGACUCGUACCGAACCGUCCGAACGAUCGUGCACUGUUACGCGCGACUCACACUAGCUUAAUAUAUGUGUUUUAACGCACCCUAAACUUACCAGUGGUGUAUUAUACCAUCGAUUGAAACAUCAACUUGUAGCGACGAACCUCACAAGUAGCCGAUAGUUAUUAUUAUUGUGCAAUAUGUGAAAUGAAUGAAAGUCAACAAAUUAACUCAAUUAAUAAGCAGGUUUAUAAAAUAUAAAAAUGAUCAAGUGGUAAUGAAAAUAAGACGAAUCUCAGAAGCGCACAUCGGGCACUAGCUCAUCUUUGUAGUUUAAUGCACAGCUUUUCGUUUAAUUGAAGGUGCAAGGUAUAUGGAGAUUAGCAAAUAGUCGUUGUUUCAAAUGAAGGUUAUA